CGCCUGUUGCGCGCACCCAGCUCCGUGCCCGGCGCUCGCUGCCAUGGAGCAGCGCCUCGGGUAGGCGGCCCGCGGGGGUCGGGCCGGGAGCGCUGCCAAGGCUCUCUCCGCCCUCGGCUCGCUCCGCCGCCGCUGCGGCGAUCGCUGCCCCGCGCUCGGCCAGCAUGGAGGUGCAGCUGGGGGUCGGGCGCGUCUACCCGCGGCCGGCGGGCAGGACCUUCCGCGGGGCUUUUCAGAGCUUCUUCCAGAGCGUCUGCGACGCCUUCCAGCCGCCGCGAGAGGAGCCGGGCUCCGGGCAGCCGCCGCCGAGCGCGCCCUGCCCGCCGAGCCCGCGGCCGCCGCCGGACUCCCCCGCCUGCCUGCCGCCCCCGCCGGGCUGCCUGCCGCCCCCCGAGCCCCGCGCUGCCGGCAAGGCGCUGCCGGCCGCCGGCCCCGCCAUGGGCUCGUCCUUCCCGUGCGCCGGAGAGCUGAGGGAGCUGCUGGGCGAGGCGGGCGCGAUGCCGCUGCUGCCGCCGCCCGAGAGCGAGCCGGCGGAUAAGGAAGACCCGCUGGGCGACAGCGCCCGGCAGCUGUGCCGCGCCGUGUCCGCCUCCAUGGGGCUGGCGCUGGAGGCGCUGGAGACCCCGGCCGAGCCGCUGCCCCGCGAGGACUGCAUGUUCGCCGUGCCCGCCGGGCCGCCCCGCGCCCCGCGCCCGCCCACCCGCGACCCCUCGCCCGCCUUCGAGGCCGCCGUGGCCGCCGAGCCGCCCGCCGGGCCGGGGCUGCCCCGCGGCUUCGGCCGCGUCAAGCUGGAGAGCGCGGCGGGCCCGGCCCCGGGCGGCGGCUGGGGCGGCCCGUGCCGCUUCGGGGCCGAGCUGGUCCCGCCGGGCCCCGCGCCCCCCUGGCCCACCUUCUUCGCCGAGGAGGGGCAGCUCUACGGGCCGUGCCCCGAGCCGCCCGCCGGGCCUGCCGACUGCCCCGGCGAUGCCUGGUACCCACCGGGCCGGGCGCCUUUCGCCGCCCCCGCCCCCGGCAUCAAGAGCGAGCUGGAGCCCUGGGUCGAGGGCUACGCCGGCGCUUACGGCGAUCUCCGGUUGGAGGCUGGCCGUGAUCAUGUCCUGCCCAUUGACUAUUACUUCCCACCUCAGAAGACCUGUCUGAUCUGUGGAGAUGAAGCAUCUGGGUGUCACUAUGGAGCCCUCACCUGUGGGAGCUGCAAAGUGUUCUUCAAAAGGGCAGCUGAAGGCAAGCAGAAGUACCUGUGUGCCAGCAGGAACGACUGCACCAUCGACAAGUUCCGAAGGAAAAACUGCCCCUCGUGCCGCCUGCGGAAGUGCUACGAGGCCGGGAUGACGCUGGGAGCCCGCAAGCUGAAGAAGCUGGGUAACCUGAAGGCACAGGAGGACAUGGAGGGGGCCAGCUCAUCCAGCCCCACCGAGGAGCAGGCUCCCAAGCUGGUGAUGACACGCAUCGACGGCUACGAGUGCCAGCCCAUCUUCCUCAACGUCCUGGAGGCCAUUGAGCCCGGGGUGGUGUGUGCUGGCCACGACAACAGCCAGCCUGACUCCUUCUCCAACCUGCUGAGCAGCCUGAAUGAGCUGGGGGAGAGGCAGCUGGUCUACGUGGUCAAGUGGGCAAAGGCCCUGCCAGGAUUUCGCAACCUGCACGUGGAUGACCAGAUGUCAAUAAUCCAGUACUCUUGGAUGGGGCUGAUGGUGUUUGCCAUGGGCUGGAGAUCCUUCACCAACGUCAAUUCCAGGAUGCUUUACUUUGCUCCAGACCUGGUCUUCAACGAGUACCGCAUGCACAAGUCCAGGAUGUACAGCCAGUGCAUCAGGAUGAGGCACCUCUCCCAGGAAUUCGGGUGGCUUCAGAUCACACCCCAGGAGUUCCUCUGUAUGAAGGCUCUCCUCUUCUUCAGUAUUAUUCCAGUGGAUGGCCUGAAGAACCAGAAGCUCUUCGAUGAGCUCCGCAUGAAUUACAUUAAGGAACUCGACAGGAUCAUUGCCUGCAAGAGGAAGAACCCCACCUCCUGCUCCCGGAGGUUUUACCAGCUCACCAAGGUCCUGGACUCCGUGCACCCGAUUGCCAAGGACCUGCACCAGUUUACAUUUGAUCUCCUAAUCAAGGCACACAUGGUGAGCGUGGACUACCCAGAAAUGAUGGCUGAGAUCAUCUCUGUGCAGGUUCCCAAGAUCCUGUCUGGAAAAGUCAAGCCUAUCUACUUCCACGCACAGUGAUCUGCCAGAGGGACCCCCCUGCUGCCACCCCCAUUCCAGCCAUCUCCUGCCUGUUACUUCUGCACUAUGUCCUGCAGUGCCUUGGGGAAUCCCUCUGCAGCGGUGGCCAAGGGGAUGGGCAGUGACAGACCUGCUGGGAUUCCUGAGAUUUACUAUUUUCCUGAGGUACCUCUGAACUGACCCCCUGCUGCCUGGCUCCAGCUGCUCACGGUGCUGGGCAGGGCAGUGGCACCACGUCUGAGUGUCCUCCUCUGCUUGUCACUGUGACUCCAGCAGCCCAGAGCCUCGGGGCAACAGGAGGAGUGCCAGCAGUUGGUGGGUUUGGGGUGAUUUUUAUAAAAAGAACACAACACAGAGCAGGUUGCCGCUCCUGUUUGGCCGUGGGUUGUGUUGCCAGCCUCCUUUUGGACGUUUUGUUUGCAUUGUGGUGCUGGGAAGCAGAUGAGUUCAAACACUGCAGAAGAGAAGCAGAGCAGAGCUGGGGGACAAGGCACAUUUGUGGCUGAGGAGUUCAUGGGCCCUGCAUCCUCUGUGGGAUCUGCUGUGGUCAGCUCAGCCCUGGGACCUGCCUGUGCUGCUGAGGAUGGAGAGGACAGGCUGCAGAGGACAAUCAGCUUGGAAAUGCCCAAUGGCAGCUGGCUCCUGUUUUCCACCUGGAAUGUUUCUCCUGUGGCCUGUCCAGCUGGGUCUUGGUCUGCCCUGCAGACCCCCAGGUCUCACAGUCACAUUCCUGUCCUGGCCAGCUGCUGCUCCCUGACAAACUCACCUCUGAAAGUGCCUGAUGCCCUCGGACCUCACACCUGCCUGGCUCCCCUGGGCACCUGCAGCCCCUGCCCUGCACCUGCUCUGCUCCUCUUGUGGCUCUGCAGACCUGGGAUUCCAGCUGUGCUCUUUCCCUUCAUUUGUCCCAAAUAUUUUAUUUUUUCCAGUGCCAGCAGAUGAGUGUUCUGGAGCCAAGACCAAGGCCAGGGUCUGCAAGACCUGUGGGACCAUGGGACUCCUCUCUGAAUCCUGUCCAUGGGGAGGUGGCUGUGGGAGCUGGCUGGUGCCACCACAGCACUUUGGGGGCUGGAAGGGAAGCACCAAGAGAGCCCCUGCUCUUGGAAGCAGCACUCACAGCUCCUGCUGAUGGCAGUGGCAGGUGGCAGCCCAGGAGGGCACCAUUGUGCACUCACUGUGUACAUGGUCCUGUAUGCACCACACAGCAUCCCAUACACCAUCCCUUAAACACCACCCACACAGCAUCCCAUACACAGCAUCCCACACCCACCCUUAAACACCACCCACACAGCAUCCCAUACACAGCAUCCCACAUAGCAUCCCUUAAACACCACCCACACAGCAUCCCUUACACAGCAUCCCUUACACAGCAUCCCAUACACCGUCCCUUAAACACCACACACACAGCAUCCCAUACACAGCAUCCCACAGCAUCCCUUAAACACCACCCACACAGCAUCCCACACACAGCAUCCCACACAGCAUCCCAUACACCAUCCCAUACACAGCAUCCCAUACACCAUCCCUUAAACACCACCCACACAGCAUCCCAUACACAGCAUCCCACAUAGCAUCCCUUAAACAGCACCCACACAGCAUCCCUUAAACACCACCUACACAGCAUCCCAUACACAGCAUCCCACAUAGCAUCCCAUACACACCAUCCCUUAAACAAUACCCACACAACAUCCCUUACCACCCACACAGCAUCCCAUACACAGCAUCCCAUACACAGCAUCCCUUACACCACCCCACACCCAGCCUGUCCCAGCACACACACAGUGGCCAAGCCUACGUGCCCUGCAGUAUUUUAGUUCCCCUGUCCCUGCACAUCCUGAGCACAUCAAACCCCCUGCUCAGACCCAGACAGGCUGUCAGUGGCUGUGUGGGUCACACGUCCCAUCCUGGGCUGUGACAUGGUCUGGCAUUACCAGCCCAGACAUCUGCAAGGGAUCCUGGUGCUGGCACAGACAAACAGCAAACUCUGCACCCUGCCAGGGCAGUGAGCCCACCCUGUGCCCACCGUGUGCCCACCCAGAACUCUGUGCCCACCUUGUGCCCUGCUCUCCAGGGAAUUCCUCCAUGGUGCAGCUGCUCCUUUACAUACUUGGAGUAAAACAAACAAUUUCCCUGGUACUUUCCAACCUUUUGAUGGGAUUUUCAUUAUAUGAAGGAGUGGGGAGAAAGCCCCUGUUGAAGGGGAGGAUCUUUCUGUGCAAUGUUUUUCCUUCCUGUGCUCGAUAUGGCUCUGAUCCUGCUCCUCCUCCUGAAAUACUCAUGUAGGGAGCACAGAACCCAUAGGUGAACUUUCUGGCUGGCAGCCAGUGGGUUAUUGCUCUUACAGGCUCCCCCAUGCCAGGGGGCUGCUGGCAUUGACAGUGCUGAUGUGAGCUACAGAUAUUUGCAAAUGAACCAGCAAAAAAUUCCAGCUGGUGCAUCCCUGUCUUCUGGAAAUUUCCCUGGCUCUUCCCAGCAGAGCUCAGUGAGCAGAUGAGUGGUGAUUCCAGUCCCUGUUACCAGCUUGGGAUGGCUCCAAGCAGUUGGAGCAGCAAUUUGGGAGAGCUCUGUGCUCCACACUGGCUCGUGUCAGAGAAGGUUUUGUUGGUUAAUGAGUGUGGCAGUGUCCUGCUGGUGUUCAUCUGCUGGGAGACUGGAAAGAGGCCAAGCCUAACAGGGGUUUGUCCACCCUGGUUUGCUGAUGGGAGCACCAUGGGAAUGGGAAGUGGGGGAGCAGGGAGAGGGAUCUGCCCAUGUGUCACCUGCCCUGGGUUGUCACCUGGUGGGAAGCUGCUCUGGACAGCGAGUGCUGGGCAGGGCAGGGCUCAGGGGCAGCACCCCAAACCCAGGACAGAGGGGCUGUCAGGGCACUGAGGCCAUGGUCUCUGUCUCUGCAGUAUCACAGUAAACUCCUGCAACUGGUGUUUCUACAAUAUAAUUACCAGGAAAUGUGGGAGCCAGGACUCGCAGCACCUCUGUGUGUAUUUGCUGUGGAAUUAAUGCUGUUUCCAUGUGCAUUUUCAUGAGCUGCUGCUGGGGAAGAAGAGGCUUUAAGAAAUACCAAAGUCCAACUCCUGCCAUUUAUGCUUUUUGUUUUCUUCUGCAUUUUCUUGUCUACUUUUGCUUUAAUAAAGCAAGGAGAAUUUCACCGUGUUCACAGUCCCACAGAAGCUGUCCCUGAGGCUCCCCUGGGUGUCACAGCUGAGAGCCAAACAUCUCCAUGUUCCCUGUGGAUUCCCUGGCUCUGCUCUGCUCGUCUCAGAGUGUGGGGGGUUCUGGGCUGGCUCAGACUGGGUCAUGGCUCAACCCAAGGCAGCAGAUGGAGGACAAGGGAUGCAGGCAUUGGCAUCUCCCUGGGAGCAGUGUUUGUGCAUGGAUGGGCACCAUUCCAUAGCAGAGGGUGUGGGAUAAGGGAUGCUGCCUUUAGUGAGGGCAGGAGGGACAAUCCUCAGCCCUGUGUGGUGCCAGAAGCAGUGAGGCAGAUCAAAUGGUGCACUGCAGCAUUCCCAGGGCAGGGAUCACCACACAGCCCUGACCUGUGCCCACCUGAGCCUGCCAGCACCCCCUGCCUCAGCAGCAGCCAGGCCAGGACAGCAGCUCUGUGCUUGGAGAGGCUGUGCCUGAGUCUGGAGAGCUGGCAGCACCCACAUGCCACUGCCAUGGUGUGCAAGAGGCCCUUUGCGCUUGCUCAGGGAGCAGGGUGCUGGGGCAGGACCCUGUCACUGUGCUCUUAGGGAAUGCUGAGGGGUACCUGAGGUGCCACCUCCCUCCCAGCCAGCCCAAGAGCUGCUGCCCUCACGGUCACCUCCCAGCACUGGCCAGCCCUGCAGUCCCCCUGGUGUCCCUCCCCUUGCUGAGCUCUUGCCCUGGAUGUUUCAAUAACAUAAUGUAUGCUAAAAUUAUCUAUCUCUAUAUAAAAUAAAGGCAUGGCCCAUUUUCUAUUGCUAAAGAUAUCUAUUUAGUGACAUGCUCUAAGAGUCCUCUCUGGUUGCACACUGAGGUACUGGAUGCUCUGCAGGAGAUGAGUCAGAAUGUGCCAAUUUAAUGGAGACUUUUAAUUAUUUUUCUGGCUGGGUGCUGCCCAGUUUGCAGAGGUCCCCCCUUUUGUGGCAUGCACAGAGCACACACAGGCAUAGGCUGGGGUCAGAAUCAGCUUCUCCAGCUUUCCUGUGUCUCCUUGAGGUUAGACAGGGACAGUGUUUGCAUUUGGGGAGCAAUGGGGUGUCCCUUGUUUCUCCCCUCUUGGACUGGCACAAAGUGCCCUCCCAUGUGGCAGAAUGGGGUACAGAGGGGUCAGGGCUGGCUGUGGGCAGGCAGGGUGGGUCAGAGCCUCCCCUGCCCACUGGCCCCUGCUCCCUGGGCUCAUUCCCUCCAGCAGCAGGGGGACACUGCUUGUGACUCACAGAGCAAAUCUCUGCACCCACAUGAACCCUUAGCAAGUGGAUAAAAGCUGCUCUCUGUGCCGGAUAUUUGGUGUUCUGUGGCAAUUUUAUGCUGUUUCUCUUUGUUAACAUGUCUGUAAUAAUAAGAGUUCUCUAUUUGAUAUAUUUUAUUUUCUAUGUAAUAAGCCAAAAAGCUCAUUGCUGGUGCCUUGUUUGCCUGGGGAGGCCUCCCAGCUCACAGCUAUGUUCCUGGGAGUAACAAAGGCCAGUGUCUGCAAUUGCUCCUUCCACCAGAGCUGAGAGAAGCCAAUGCCACAGCACUGCCAGAAGAAAUGGAAUGGCAGAGACACUCUGGGCUCUCUCUGGUUCUUUCCUGGGGCCUGGCUCCAAGGUGAGGGCUGAGCAUGGUGCUGGGGACACCCAUUUUGGUGGGACUGUGACCCUGGAGACCCCACAGCCGUGAUGCAGGUGCAGCACACACAGCUUGGUCUGGCCCAGUUUGGAAUCACAGUGCUUUGCCCAAACUAUAGCAUUACCUGAGGGUAAAUUCUCCCAGAGGAGGGAUGAAGUGGAUUGCUGACACAGCUAUUUUCUUGUUUUUGUUUGUUUUUAAAUUGGGACUGAAUGCAUUGGAUAAGGAAGAGAGAGCCCCAGAGGGUUCUGCACCAGAUGCUGCUGGUGCAGUGCAGGAUGCCCUGGGGACAGCUGCAGCUCACAAUCCCCUGUGGGACUGAAGGACAUUUAUCUGUGUAACCAAAGAGAGGGGCCUGCCUGGCACCCAGGUAAAGAGACCAAUGACACCGUGCUGGGGCUAAAUGAAAAUUCUCAUUCCUCCUUCAGCCAUGCCUGGGGCCCACACAGGCCCCCAGCCAUGCCACGGGGUGGCUCGUGCUUGCUGUCCAGUUCUUUUUGUACCCUGAAAAUCUGCUGUUGUUCUCAGUCCAAUAAAUGCAGAAUCUGGUUUGCUGGAGCUCUACCCUCUGCCUGCA